GACCAGUCUGGUUGCGUCUGUGUGAUUCCGUCUGGCUCUGUGUGAGUCCGGGUCAGUCUGUGUAAGUCAGGAAAAACACAGAAAAAUGACACCGAUGACGGCGGAACAAGUCGAGAGAGGAGAGAGAGAGGUUAUGAAGUACGCAACAGAGGGAAUCCACUACGACAACGACGAGGAGCUGUUUUUGUUACGACAAAGAGCGCCAGCGUACUUCGACACAAGGGUUGACGUUCAGCGGUCAGUGGCAGCGAAUGGAGACAGGUCAAUGAGAGCACAACAGUUGCUGUUGCGCUUAUAUCAAAAUGCAUACGUGCAUGACGACCACACCAUGACAUCUUGCUCUGCGAACAAUCUUCACCAAGUCGUGGAUUGGAUGUGCAACGACCAUGACAUCGACAUGACGAAAAGAGAUGGAGGCGGUUCGUACGACACAUCAGCGUUCAAGAAGUUUGUGAGAUCUCAGGCGAGAAAAAGUGAAAUGUUGAAGACAGGGGGUUGUGAGGAAUUGAAGCCGAAUGCAGCGGAGAUAUUGGCACUGAGCAGGAUGAACGAGGUCCCUCAAAGAGAUCCUAUUGACUACCAUGAACUGGCAACAAUGGUGGUGGAUGGUGUUGAGUAUGUGCCACUGGACCAGAUUUAUGACUUUAUGAAGAGUGGAGGCGAGGACAAAAAUCUCAUUCACGAGGCAUUGCAUGAGGUGACGGAGGAGGCAAUAGCAGCAGCGGAGGUUGUCGAUAUUGACUGAGUAAAGGAUCGCACACUCGACCGUGUAUCGGGGACUUCUGUGUCACGGUGGAACAUAUUCGAAGCUGUAGAGGAGCUGACCGCGACAUCGACGGACGUGGACAGGAGGAGGAAGAGAAGGUGCGGAUGGCAAAUGCUUGUUGCAGAACACGACACCGCAAGGACACACACAACAGACACGACAGUGCAAGACAGAAGUGGCACAGUAUCUCUGGCGGAUGUUAGGACCGUGUUGAAGAAUCCUGCUGCAAAUGCAGCGACUGUCCAUGGCGGAUUCAGAGAGUGGAGAUUGGCACCCAGACAUCCUUCACGUGACUUCAAUGAAGUAGUCGAACAAGC